UUUUUUGUGUGUAAGAUUUAACGCUAUAACGAAGAAGGGAGUGGUAGAAAACAAAUCUACAUUCUUUCUUCCUCUCCCUUCCUCUCUGUCCUCUCUGUCCUCUCAAUAAUUCGUUGUUCGGUUCUAACUUCUAACCUCAAUGCCUCUCUGUUUCUGAAGUUAAAUCCCAAAUCUCUAGGAUCGAACAUUUUCAUGAUUUUCUUUAACAGAUUUUCGUAACUGCCAUUGUUUUGUGAGUUUGGUUUUCAUUUGCGUAAUUUGAUAUGUUAUGAUUGUGGUUCUUCAAAACCCUAAUUACUACAUUCUCGUUCAACUUCGUUUUGCUUCUGAAAUCUGAGUCGCAUUUCUCUCUUGUUUAUUAAGGCUGAAGAGGUUUGCUUAGCACCUCCACACUAUAAUACGUUGAUAUCUUUUCGGCUUUUGAUCCUGGUUAGCGUUGGAUACAGUUGAGAUAAUUUAGUACCUAGGUUUAUACAGCGGAUGUUAAUGAUGGAUGUUUCUGAGGUUGAAGAAAGUUUCUUUGCAGCAAGUGAUGCCAAGUUACAUGCAGAAAUGUGCAGACGUCUAUCUGCAAUAUAUUGUAAAAUAUUGUCCCUUUUUCCUGCCUUAGAGGCAGCUAAGCCGAGGAGCAAAUCUGGAAUUCAGGCAUUAUGUUCGCUGCAUGUAGCGUUAGAGAAGGCGAAGAAUGUACUUCAGCACUGCUCGGAGUCUAGUAAACUUUACUUGGCUAUAACUGGGGAUUCUGUUCUUGUAAAAUUUGAGAAGGCCAAGUGUGCUCUUGUAGAUAGUCUUAAGCUAGUGGAAGAUAUUGUUUCCCAAUCCAUUGGGUGUCAGAUUGAUGAAAUUGUAAAUGAAAUUGCUGGUAUAGUGUUUGCGCUUGAUCCAUCAGAGAAGCAAGUCGGGGAUGAUUUAAUUGCAUUGCUCCAGCAGGAUAGAAAGUUUAGCGACUCUAAUGACUGUAGUGAACUUGAGUGUUUCCAUAUGGCUGCUACUAGACUUGGAAUCACAUCUUCCAGAGCAGCUCUCACUGAAAGAAGAGCUCUGAAAAAGCUCAUUGAAAGGGCUCGGGGCGAGGAAGACAAGAGGAAAGAAUCAAUUAUUGCGUAUCUUCUACACCUUAUGAGGAAAUACUCCAAGAUAUUUAGAAAUGAGUUCUCUGAUGAUAAUGAUUCUCAACCUUGUUCUCCCACCGUCCACAAACCUCCCGUGAACUGUGUUCCUGGUAGUCAUUUUCAAGCAUUUGAUAGACAAAUAUCAAAACUUGGUUCUUUUAAUUUUAAUCCAAACAAUAAGAAAUCGGGGCAGAUGCCUCUUCCUCCAGAAGAGUUAAGGUGUCCAAUCUCUCUGCAACUUAUGAGUGAUCCUGUUAUAAUUGCUUCUGGGCAGACUUAUGAAAGAGCUUGUAUAGAAAAAUGGUUCAAUGAUGGGCACAACACCUGUCCAAAGACUCAACAGAAGCUUGCACAUCUUUCUUUGACUCCUAAUUACUGUGUCAAGGGUCUCGUGGCUAGUUGGUGUGAACAGAAUGGAAUUCCUAUUCCUGAAGGCCCUCCCGAAUCUCUUGAUUUUAACUACUGGAGAUUGGCGUUAUCAGAUUCCGAUUCCACAAAUUCAAGAUCCGUAAACAGUGUCAACUCUUGCAAAUUGAAGGGUGUCAAAGUUGUUCCACUUGAAGAGAAUGUUAUCUUAGAGCAAACCGAGGGAAAUGUAACUGAAAGUUUGCCAGCACAAGAAGAGGAAGACAGUGAAAAGUAUCUUAGUUAUGUGAAAUUAUUGACCAAAGGGAACAAUUGGAAGAGAAAGAGUAAAAUAGUAGAGCGGUUAAGGCUUUUGUUGCGGGAUGAUGAGGAAGCUAGGAUUUUUAUGGGGGCUAAUGGAUUUGUUGAAGCACUUUUUCAGUUUCUGCAAUCAGCUGUGCGUGAAGGGAAUGCGGUGGCUCAGGAAAAUGGAGCUAUGGCUCUGUUCAACCUGGCUGUGAAUAACAACAGAAAUAAGGAACUUAUGAUAUCAGCAGGAAUCUUAUCGUUGUUGGAGGAAAUGAUUUCAAACACCAACUCGUACGGUUGUGCAACUGCACUUUAUUUGAAUCUUUCUUGCCUUGAAGAAGCCAAGCAAAUGAUUGGCACAAGUCAGGCCGCACAGUUCCUUAUCCAGAUGCUUCAAACUAAAACAGAAGUCCAGUGCAAGCUAGAUGCCCUCCAUGCAAUCUAUAAUAUUUCUACCGUACCCUCAAAUAUUCCAAACCUUCUCACAUCUGGCAUCAUCAGUGGCCUACAAUCCAUUCUUGUAGGCCAGGCCGAUUGCACAUGGACAGAAAAAUGCAUAGCUGUUUUAGUUAAUUUGGCCAUUUCUCAAGCUGGAAGAGAGGAAAUGAUGUUGAAUCCUGAACUCAUAAGCACAUUGGCUUCUAUACUUGAUACCGGUGAAUCCCUUGAGCAGGAACAAGCUGUGUCUUGUCUUCUAAUAUUAUGUAACAGGAGUGAGAAAUGUUGUGAGAUGGUCCUGCAAGAAGGCGCUAUACCUGCAUUGGUGUCAAUAUCGGUAAAUGGAACCUCAAGAGGAAGAGAGAAAGCUCAGAAACUCUUGAUGCUCUUCCGAGAGCAGCGACAACGAGAUCAUUCACCUGCUAAGGCUCAACUCUGCUCACCUGAAGUUGGUGAUUUGUCCAUGCCUCCUCAAGAAACGAAACCGCUAUGUAAAUCAAUAUCUAGAAGAAAAGUUGGGAAAGCUUUAAGUUUUCUAUGGAAAAGCAAGAGUUACUCUGUAUACCAGUGUUAGUGUUAGGUUCCAUGUAAUUAAAUCUUUGUUUGAUUCUUAACUCUUCUGGGGGCCUUGCUUUUUAUCAUCCUCUCAUGUAAAUUGUUGCUUAUUUUUUGGAUUCCAAAUUGAAGAAGAGUUGAGUUGUACAGGCACGUGUAAUUUAUUUGGGUUAGAUUUACUUUAUGAAGGUUAAUUAUUGGAGAUUCAUAA